CCCAAUUGCCUGCUGUGCUGCGUCACAGUCCACAGUCCUUACCAGUCAGGUUGUGUGCGAAAUCUUGACGGGGGUCACAUCUCAACAAAGAAUUCUCCCGACGUCGAGAAUCGACCUUUUUCUCACCUUCGACAACCUCCGAUCUUUCGACCCUUUCUUCUCGUUCCCUCUUGGCCAAGUUCGCAUAUCGCGAUUUCCACGGCCUUCUUUCUACCUCUGACCUCGAGUGCUGGCCGACGCUCUGAGGAUUCGAUCCCGUUCAGCACCUAUUCAGUAGAUCGAGCAUUGCGCCGCGGGAGCCCUUCUACGCUGAUCCCGGCUCCCAUACUCCGAUCGCUUUUUCGCGCUGUCUACAAUGAAUGGUCGCAAUGGCCCCUUGUCUCCGGUUUCUGUAGGAGGCAGUGAAUGGUCAGGCAUAUCCAAGUACUCAAACCCCGAUUCCGAUCCAUCGUAUUCCUUCCCUCCCAAUAAUCGCGGUCAACUGGCCUCGCCGCCAAUCUCCAGCGGCUCCAACAGUAUCAUGAAUGGAGCGGUAUUCCCACCCAGGGGGUCUUCUACCGGAAGUCCAGGCGGCCCCUCCCCCCCGUCGUCCAUCGCAAGGUCGAGCGUUGGCACUGGCAUGUACCCCCAGAGUGAGAGUGGAAGGAGCAGGAAGGACGAGCAAUUCGAAGGCAUACUAUCCGAGCAUUAUGUAGCGCUCAAGAGAUAUUUGGCUGCGUCCCUGAGAGAUGAGAAGGGCAACCCGAGACCCAACAGGGCUCGGGACAAGCUAUUACGACUGUCCCCGGUGCAGUUCCAAGAGCUGAGUACCGAUGUUUUCGAUGAGCUCUUGAGGAGACAGCAGAGUGGGAGAGGGCCGCCCCCCAAUCCCAAUAUCCCUAAUGGGGGACCUCCACCCUAUCUCCUCCCGAAAGAAUCCUUUCAUCCGAAGCGAAACCAAGCAAGACAGAAGCUUGCCACCCUCCCCCCACCGCGAUUCCGAGAUCUUGCGACGGACGUUUUUUACGAGCUGGAGAGGAGGUUUCCUCGGUUCGCCGGAGGUGAUAUCAGUCGCAUGGGGAGUCCUGCGUCGAUGCGAGGGCCGCCGAGUCGCAUGGGCACUCCUGCCGAUGGUUCAAGGGGCCCGAACCGGAUGCGCCGGCCCUCAGACGCCAGCUCCAUUGCCGGGUACUCGAUAAGAAGCGAAUCCCGGAAUGGGCCACGGAAUGGCUCUCUCCUGAAUGGAGGGCUCGGGAUACCACCAUCACCGGGGUUGCCCCCGAAUGACUUCGGACGGCCUACCCCGAAGACCUUUCAGAGUAACACGAUAGUACCCAAUAAGAGCACCAUGGUUGAAGACGAUGAAACUGGGGGAGAAGAUAAUGAUGAUGACGAUGAUGGAGAUGCUUUUGGGUUAGAGAGCGCCGCUCGAAAUCGGGAGAGCAAGAAGAGCACAGGGAGCGCUGAGGCCGAUAAGAAGCUUAUCGAGGAGUAUCAGGCUCAAGUUGCAGAACUGCGGGAGAGACUUGAUGCCAUGGAGGAUAAUGUGAAGCAGAAGGACGACGAACUAAACCAAGUUCUGGAUGGGGAGAGGAAUCGAGCAACCGCUGCGGAUGAGGAGAAGAAGGAAUGGUCGAGCUUGCGACAAGAGCUAGAGACCAAGUUAGCGGACGCCCAAAGCCUCAACGAGUCCCUUCAGUCCGAGCUAGAGCGGCUACGAUCCUCGCAAGCCAACACGGAGAGAGAAUUACGAGCCCAGAUUGAGGAGCUUCGCGUCUCCGGGUCGAGGGACAUGAACCAGGGUGACUCCGAUCUGCAACGAGAGAACGAGGAGCUAAGAUCGGAACUCGAAGAGCAGCGACAGGUCACCGAAGAGGUUCGAAGAGAAGCCCAGGAAUUCCUUAGGGAGAUGCGGAUGCUCUCAGAGCGGAGCGGGUCAGCUAUCGAGAGGGAGGAGCAGCUUUCAAAUACCAUCACCAGAUUGGAAGAGGAGGUCAGGGAUUGGAGGAAUCGCUAUGCCAGGACGAAGACCCAGCUACGUGGUCUCCGGGCAAACUCAAUCGGCCUCACCAUCCAACAAGAAGCUGGGAAGUAUACCAAAGACAGCGGCUUUACACGCGAGGAUGGUCUAGUCAAGGAUGUUCACGUCACCAAGUUCCAAAUUUCGAUCGAUGAACUCCUGCGGACGGCUCGUAGUGAUGACCCCUCGAGAGUAAUCGAGUUCAUGAAAGCCGUGGUUGUGAAUGUGCGGAGGAUCACGCAAGACUUAGACGAGGCUCCUCCGAGUAAUGGAGAGUUGGCUCAACAGCAGGCCAAACUAAAGUCGAGGGUCUCGGCAACGGCAAACAACCUGAUCACAGCGUCAAAGAACUUCGCGGCCGCGAAUGGCCUCUCUCCCGUCUCCCUGCUCGAUGCAGCAGCUUCUCACCUCACAUCAGCAGUGGUUGAGCUCGUCCGAACGGUCAAGAUCCGCCCCACGCCCGCAGGUGAACUUGAAGACGAUGACGACGGAAACCUGGAGCCGGCUGACACAACGGGAUUCUUUCCGGUUCGGGAACCUCGGCAAGAAAACGCCCCGCCUCCUUUCCUUGGGCUUCGGAAUGGUCACACAAGUGCCGAUUCUUCAAUGUACAGCCCAGUCAACUCUCCCCGGGAGUCGACCAAUCUACGCCCGAGAAGUGCAGCCAAGGAUUCUUGGGCAGGGCGUCGAUCUCUCUCAAAGGGCUCGCCUCUUGGAAAUGGCGCGGUGUAUAUGAACGGCAAUAGUAAAAAUGUUCCUGCGGCACCGAUGGGCGUGGGAUUUGGCAUCAGGAGUCAGGAUAGUGAUGUCGAAGAACUGAAGAUCUACCUCGAAGAUCAGACCGCCCUCCUAGUCCAGAAUAUCCAGUCACUCGUUUCAUCGAUUCGAUCUGAAGCCGGAUUUCAAGCCAUCUCCAGCCAGAUCACAGCCAUCGCAGAUGUCGUGGGCAAUGUUGUUUCCUCUACCGAGAACGCCAUGUCUGCUACCGGCAAUGGAGCGAUGAGGGCGCAGGAAGAGCCGAUCUUGAAGAAACUAUCAGGUUGCAGAGCGCGCUUGAUCGAGGCCGAAGGCAAGGGCAGAGCUCUUGCCGAGGAAGGUGGCCAAGACGAGGAAGCAGAGAGGGCCUGGAAGGUGUGGAACCAGUCCCUCCCCCCGAUCGCCUUUGAGAUCGCUCGGGAUACGAAGGAAUUAGUGAUGAAGAUAGACAUCAUCGAUGGAGAUCACGGCCAGGGCGCAGGCGGGGAUGACGAUUUCUCAUGACAGCAUUGCAUGACCAGGCAAAUACCUCGUGUCCUUUAGUUUUGAUGUUUUCCUCUUUUUCCCUUUCGCAUAGCGGCUGAUUCCCUUUUUUCUUUCCAUUUUUCUUUCGCCGCACGCAUGUACCAAAAAAGC